CACUUGGCCUAUGGGGCACUGACCUGUAAGUAAAUAGAUAGUGUUCUCGAAAAAGCUUGCAUUCUGUUUAAUGCUUUAUUGUGAUAAACUGAAGUUAGAAAGGUUUGCAGAGCUCUUUGACUUUCCACAGUGGAGUCCAUUGCUCCUUCUGGCUUCCUCCAGCUUGGAUUCACAGGGUUGUUGACUGCAGAUUGCAAUUACUAUGUCUGACUCAGUAAUUCUUCGCAGCGUGAAGAAAUUUGGAGAAGAGAAUUAUGGUUUUGAGUCAGACUCAUCACAUAACAGUGAUAAGAAACCAAGGUUACAAGAAAAGAAGAAAGAUGAUCACGUACAAGUUGGCUUCUUGCAACUGUUUCGAUUUUCUUCAUCGACUGACAUUUGGCUGAUGUUUGUUGGAAGUUUAUGUGCAUUGCUGCAUGGACUGGCCCAGCCAGGAGUGCUUCUCAUUUUUGGUACAAUGACUGAUACUUUUAUUGAGUAUGACACUGAAAUACAAGAACUCAAUAUUCCAGGAAAAGCAUGUGUGAAUAACACCAUAGUGUGGAUCAACGGCUCCCUCAACCAGAAUGUGACAAAUGGGGCACCUUGUGGGUUGCUGGACAUUGAGAGUGAAAUGAUCACAUUUGCUGCAAUGUAUGCUGGAAUCGGUGUCGUAGUACUUAUUCUGGGAUAUAUUCAAAUAUGCUUUUGGGUAAUUGCUGGAGCUCGCCAAAUAAAAGAAAUGAGAAAAGCAUACUUUAGAAGAACAAUGAGAAUGGAAAUUGGAUGGUUUGAUUGCAACGCUGUGGGAGAGCUGAAUACAAGAUUCUCUGAUGAUAUUAAUAAAAUCAACGAGGCUAUUGCUGACCAAGUGGGCAUUUUCAUUCAGCGCAUGAUGACGGCCAUCUGUGGGUUCCUGUUGGGAUUUUACAGGGGCUGGAAAUUGACCCUGGUUAUUAUUUCUGUCAGCCCUCUCAUUGGGUUUGGAGCAGCCUUCAUUGGUCUGAGUGUGGCCAAGUUCACGGACCUUGAGUUGAAGGCCUAUGCCAAAGCAGGGUGUGUGGCUGAUGAAGUCAUUUCAUCUAUGCGGACAGUGGCUGCUUUUGGUGGUGAGAAAAAAGAGGUUGAAAGGUACGAGAACAAUCUUGUGUUUGCCCAGCGCUGGGGAAUUAGAAAAGGGAUGGUGAUGGGAUUCUUUACUGGAUACAUGUGGUGUCUCAUCUUCUUUUCCUAUGCACUGGCCUUCUGGUAUGGCUCCCAACUCGUCCUGGAGGAGGGAGAAUAUACACCAGGAACCCUUGUCCAGGUCUUCCUCAGUGUCUUAAUAGGGGCUUUAAAUCUUGGGAAUGCAACUUCUUGUUUGGAAGCCUUUGCCACUGGUCGUGCAGCAGCUGUCAGCAUCUUUGAGACAAUAGACAGGAAACCCAUCAUUGAUUGCAUGUCAGAAGAUGGUUACAAGCUUGAUCGAAUCAAGGGUGAAAUUGAAUUCCACAAUGUGACUUUCCACUACCCUUCCAGACCAGAGGUGAAGAUUUUAAAUAACCUCAGUAUGGUCAUUAAACCUGGGGAAACAACAGCUCUGGUAGGAUCAAGCGGAGCCGGGAAAAGCACAGCACUGCAGCUCAUUCAGAGAUUCUACGACCCCUGUGAAGGCAUGGUGACUCUGGAUGGCCAUGACAUUCGCUCUCUUAACAUCCAGUGGCUGAGAGAUCAGAUUGGGGUCGUGGAGCAAGAGCCAGUUCUGUUCUCCACCACGAUUGCAGAGAACAUCCGUUACGGCAGAAAAGAUGCGACAAUGGAAGAUAUCGUCCGAGCUGCCAAGGAGGCCAAUGCCUACAACUUCAUCAUGGACUUGCCACAGCAAUUUGACACCCUUGUUGGAGAAGGGGGAGGCCAGAUGAGUGGUGGACAGAAACAAAGGGUGGCCAUCGCCAGAGCCCUUGUCCGAAACCCCAAGAUCCUCCUUUUGGACAUGGCCACCUCAGCGUUGGACAAUGAGAGUGAAGCCAUGGUCCAAGAAGCUCUGCAUAAGAUUCUGCAUAUGCAUACAGUCAUCUCAGUUGCCCACCGCCUCUCCACAGUCAAAGCAGCAGAUGUCAUCAUUGGUUUUGAACGUGGGACAGCAGUAGAAAAAGGCACCCAUGAAGAACUGUUGGAAAGGAAAGGUGUUUACUUCACUCUAGUGACUUUGCAAAGUCAUGGAGAUCAAGCCCUUACUCAUAAAGAUGUGAAGGAAAAAGAUGCAGCUGAAGAUGACAUGCAGAAGACCUUCAGCAGAGGGAGCUACCAGGACAGUUUAAGAGCUUCUAUCCGGCAACAUUCCAGGUCUCAGCUUUCCCACCUGGCUCAUGAACCACCUUUAGCUGUUGUAGAUUGUAAAUCUACUUAUGAAGAUGGAAAGGUCAGGCACUACCACUCUGGGAACAAGAGCAUUCCCGAGGAAGAAGAGGUUGAACCUGCCCCGGUUAGAAGGAUUCUGAAGCUCAAUGCUCCGGAAUGGCCCUACAUGGUUGGAGGGGCUGUGAGUGCAGCCAUCAAUGGGGCAGUGACGCCAUUAUAUGCCUUCUUAUUCAGCCAGAUUCUUGGGACCUUUUCACUUCCUGAUAAAGAGGAGCAAAGGUCACAGAUUGAUGGAGUGUGCCUACUUUUUGUAACAGUAGGCUGUGUGUCUUUUUUCACCCAGUUUCUGCAGGGAUAUACUUUUGCUAAAUCUGGGGAACUCCUCACAAAAAGGCUUCGUAAAUUUGGUUUCAAGGCAAUGGUAGGACAAGAUAUUAGCUGGUUUGAUGACCUCAGAAACAGCCCUGGGACCUUGGCAACAAGGCUUGCUACGGACGCCUCCCAAGUUCAAGGGGCUGCCGGCUCUCAAAUCGGGAUGAUGGUCAAUUCCUUCACUAACAUCGUAGUGGCCAUGAUCAUUGCCUUCAUCUUUAGCUGGAAGCUCAGCCUGGUCAUAUUGUGCUUCUUCCCCUUCUUGGCUCUAUCAGGAGUGCUACAAACCAAAAUGUUGACAGGAUUUGCUUCUCAAGACAAACAAGCUCUGGAGAAGGCAGGGCAGAUUACCAAUGAAGUCCUCAGUAACAUCCGCACUGUUUCUGGGAUUGGAAUGCAGAAGAAGUUUAUUGAAGCAUUUGAGGCUGAGCUGGAGAAGUCAUUCAAAACAGCCAUUCGAAAAGCAAAUGUCUAUGGAUUCUGCUUUGCCUUUUCCCAAAGCAUAUCAUUUAUUGCGAAUUCUGUUUCCUACAGAUAUGGAGGUUACUUAAUCCCUAAUGAGGGACUCCAUUACAGCUAUGUGUUCAGGGUGAUCUCUGCAGUUGUACUGAGUGCAACAGCUGUUGGAAGAACCUUCUCUUACACCCCAAGUUAUGCCAAAGCUAAAGUAUCAGCUGCACGCUUUUUUCAAAUGCUGGACCGAAGACCUCCAAUCAGUGUAUAUAGUAAUGAGGGUGAAAAAUGGGACAAUUUCCAGGGGAAGAUUGACUUUGUUGACUGUACAUUUACAUAUCCUUCUCGACCUGACGUGCAAGUUCUAAAUGGUUUCUCAGUGUCAGUUAAUCCAGGACAGACCAUGGCAUUUGUUGGAAGCAGUGGGUGUGGCAAAAGCACCAGUGUUCAGCUGCUGGAACGUUUCUAUGAUCCCGAUGGAGGGAAGGUGAUGAUAGACGGACGUGACAGCAAAAGAGUGAAUGUCCAGUUUCUCCGCUCAAAUAUUGGGAUUGUUUCCCAGGAGCCAGUGUUGUUUGCCUGUAGCAUAAAGGACAACAUCAAGUAUGGGGACAACACCAAAGACAUUCCCAUGGAAAGAGUCAUAGCAGCUGCAAAGCAAGCUCAGUUGCAUAACUUUGUCAUGUCACUCCCGGAGAAAUAUGAAACUAACGUUGGGGCCCAGGGUUCUCAACUCUCUCGAGGGGAGAAACAGCGCAUUGCUAUCGCUCGCGCCAUUGUGCGAGAUCCUAAAAUCUUGCUACUUGAUGAAGCCACUUCUGCCCUAGACACAGAAAGUGAAAAGACAGUGCAGGUUGCUUUGGAUAAAGCCAGAGAAGGUCGGACCUGCAUUGUCAUUGCUCAUCGCCUGUCUACCAUCCAGAACUCUGACAUCAUUGUUGUUAUAUCACAAGGGACGGUGAUUGAAAAGGGAAGUCACGAAGAACUGAUGGCUCAGAAGGGGGCCUACCACAAGCUGGUCACUACUGGAGCCCCCAUCAGUUGACCUGACUCAAGAACUUCAUGCAUCAAUCAUGCACACAGUACAGGUGUGCUUCAGGUUGUUGCAUUUUUAAGGAGCAAUGUUGAUAAUCCUACCUUUAUAGACAUGGUUACACACUGGGAUCCAAGCUAAUUUCUAAUGACCUUCAAUAAUAAUUCAGUUUGAGAUGUUCAUGUAGAAAAUGAAAGAAACCAGGGUCCAUGUGAGUAAGAAUCCAAAGUGGGAGAAGCCUGUGACCAUCUCAUUUUGGACCACAGAUCCCUAGAAAGGCUAAGGAUGUAAAGUCCUCAGUCCUUCUGGAAGGUGGAGAGAGCGGGGACAGAUGAGGCUGAAGAUAGCAUGGGCUGGAAACCUGAGACAAAGCAGAGGUGCAGAGCCCCUGCCGCAGGCUGCUGUUCUUGCCCAGUACCAGCAGAACCACAGCUGCUCCCUCUCCAGGGGAGCUCACAAGUAGGCUGCGUAUAAGGACAUGAGGUGCGGUUGAAGGAGUGGCUGACACAGAGGAGAUGGGGUUGAGUGUAGGAAAUAUAUGAACCAUCCUCCUCUGGCAGGAGAUUGAAAAAUGAGGCUUGAACUAUUGAUGGUUGUCAUAUUGAGGAGGAGGAGGGUAGAGGAAUUCAGUCUAGUUAUGAAAAAUGGCAGUGCAGUAGCUUGCAGAAUAUAGAUGCCUACUAGAAGGAAUUAAGCUAACCAUGCUUAUCCUCUAUCUUGAAAAAAAAGGGGAGCUAAACUCUGCUUGUUAAGUGAAUUUUCAAAGAGGAAAACUUGGACUCUGUCCUGGGAGGUUACCAGUUUCCUAGAAGGGAAUUUAUGUGGUGUGAAAAGGCAGUGAAUGAGUUAGUUAUCUUUUCAAAUAAGGGACCUGAAAGUUAUUUAUGAAAGGAGAAAGACUGACCAGAGAGAAUGUAAAAAUGAUUUGAGAAAACAAUCGCUUUUUAAGACUUAGUGACUAGGAAGAAGAUUCCAACUUCAAAAAUGAAUAAAUAAAGUUGUGUGUUUAUUUUGUAAUGCCA